AUGGCCCCCCGGGAGGACCUCACCAAGAUGGCCGCCGAUGGUUGUCAGUUGGUGGGCGGAGCCGCACUAAACAAGGCCUGGCAGAGCCCGGGCCGGCUGGAGAUCCACCGGCGGGUUCACACGGGAGAAUGCCCCUUCGACUGCUCGGAGUGUAGCAAGAGGUUCACCCGCCACGACCACCUGCUGCAGCACAGCCAAAUACACUCCGGCGAGAGGCCCUUCACCUGCUCCGACUGCGGAAAGAACUUCAAGACGACGAGUGAACUGAAGACCCACCGGCGACUGCACACGGGCGAGAAGCCCUAUGGCUGCUCCACCUGCGGCAAGAGCUUUGCCCGGUUGUCGGGGCUGCGGGAUCACCGGCUGGUGCACAGCAGUGAGCGGCCCUUCAACUGCUCCGACUGCGGCAAAGGCUUCAAGUUGUCCACGGGCCUGAUGAGGCACAGGCGCGUGCAUACCGGGGAGCGUUCCUACACCUGCACCCAGUGCGGCAAGGGCUUCACCCGCUCCGGUCACCUGAUGGUGCACCAGCGCACCCAUACCGGCGAGCGCCACUACGCCUGCACCCAGUGCGGCGAGGGCUUCACCCGCUCCAGCUACCUGCUGGUGCACCAGCGCACACACACCGGCGAGCGUCCCUACACCUGCGUCCAGUGCGGCCAGAGCUUCACCCAGUCCAGCACCAUGCUGUCCCACCAGCGCACCCACAUCGGCGAGCGCCCCUACACCUGCGCCCAGUGCGGAAUGGGCUUCACUCGCUCUGACACCUUGCUGGUGCACCAGCGCACCCACACUGGCGAGUGCCCUUUCACC